UCCACACCAGGUGGUGGACUCUCCAGGUCCGCCCAUGAGACAUUUUCGGGAAGCCAAAAUCUCUCACUCCAAAGCCAGGCUGAGACGGAAGAAGUCAUCGGGGAGCUGAAACUCAAGCCCAGUAGUAGAAGCGAAGAAGAUCCGUAAAGCAGCAUCUGUCAUCCCCUCGGCAUCCCCCUCCUCACUUGCUUGGACUGUUCCAUUUCGCAUGUGAAAAAAUCUCAUAGUUGGAGAAGAGUUCUUCAUGUCAGGGACUGCUGUAGCCUCAGCACACAGAGUACUGUAGCUCCUGGAUUACCCAAGAUAAGCAAAUGGAUGAGAAAGAGCUGAGUGGCCCCUUAAAUAACCUGUCACUCAUUCAAGAUGAUCUGUCCAGGUCAAACAUGGGAUCAUCGGGCGAGUCAGAAAAGAUUAUCCAGCGCUUGAAUGAUGAACUACAAGAGGCCCAGGAGCAAGCUAAUGCUGAGAAACACAAAUACAUGGAGCUUCAAGGUAUCCUGGAGGAUGAGAGGAAAGAAAAUAAACAACAAGCUGACGAAUCUGCUAAACAAAUAAAACUUCUCCAAGGCCAGCUGCGACAGUUACAAGAUGAGACAGACUCUCUCAGAGAGCAGAUCAGUGCCUCCACUAGUUCACGUGAUGAGCUACAAAGAGCACGUGAUGAGGUGAAAGCGCUGAAACGUGCCCUGGAGGCAGCCACUGCUGAGCGGGACCGGGAUGUUGCUGUUAUCCAAACUAACCUGUCAACCGUUUCCAAGGAUCUAGACAAAUGGCGUCAGACUGCAAACAAAUACGAGCAUGAGAUUGAUAACCUACAGCAGGACCUCCAACAGCAAGGCAAACAGUGGCAGAAAACUGCAGAAAUACAAGCCAGUGAGCUGCAGUCCAUGCAGGUGGAGUGUAAUGGCCUUCAGAAGGAGUGUUCGACCCUGCGAUCUGAAAAACAGGACAUUGUGAAUAAGCAUCAGAAGGAAAAGAGCGUUCUGCAGAGCGAGUGUGUGUCCCUCAGGGCUGAAAAGGAGGAACUCCUCAAGGCUCACCAGAAAGAGAAGGCCAGCCUGCAGAGUGACUGUGCAGCACUGCGCUCUGAGAAAGAGGCCGUGCUGCAGAAGCAGAAGCAACUAGAGAAGGACCUUGCCAGUUCGCGUGCCCAGAAUGCUGAGCUGAGCAGCAGCCUCAAAGCCCUGGAGAAAUCCCAGCAGGAGUUGGAGAAGAGGCUUUCAGCCCUGCAGCUCCAGCACCAGCAAGAUAGCACCAAACUGCAAACCCAACUAGAUGAAGCUGACAGCCGCAGCAAGACUCUGGAGAGAGAGUAUGAGGAGGCAAAGACAGCACUAUCUGACUUAAAGGAAAAAUAUGAAAAGUCUGAGCAGGAAAAGCAGUCGCUUACAGAUGAGCUGGAAGGGUGCAAAGCCAGUAUGAAGGAAGUACAGGAGAAAGGAACAAAGAGAUCCUUAUUGCCGCCUGUUCAAGCCAUAGUCAUCGGCCUUAUCCUGGCUUUGCUGUAUUGGUGCUUCGGCGCAUUGUGGUAGGAAGAAGCAGUGGAUGAUCUGGGGGCCUGUGGUUGCUGCAGCUCUAACAGCUGUGACUGCUGCCAUGCUCUUCAGGACCUGAGGGCAACGUACACACUCUCAAACACUCACACAUACGCACACACACAGGAGAACCCAUAUUUGUCAUCAGAAUUCUCUGCACUGAAACUGAAAAACUUGCCCUCUUAUCAUAUCUGCACAUUUAAUUCAGAGGGCUCGUCCUUAACACUGUUUAAUUUCUAAGAUGCUCUAUUUUAGAUGAAAGAGAGGUUAAUAAAAGAAUGUUGGUUUUGUGUGUAAAUGAACAACUUUCUUUGUGUGUCUCUUAGCUGAGAGUUGGGUUGGUUUGGUAUUGACUUAAACAGUUAUCUUUUAAUGAAUGUAAAGAUCUUCUACAUGCUUCAUUAAUUCUGAAUAUCUAUGAUGAGAAGUUAGAUUGAUCACCUGGAGCUUAAAACUCCCCUAAUGUAACACAUCUCUGUAACUGUCAGAAUAAUAAAUACUGUCACAAUA